GUGAACGGGGUGUGUGUGGAGGGCAAGCAGCACGCCGAGGUGGUGGCGGCCAUCAAGGCGGGCGGUGAUGAGACCCGGCUGCUGGUGGUGGACGUCCUGACAGAUGAGUUCUUCAAGAAGUGCAAGGUGGUGCCCUCGGAGGAGCACCUGGCAGGUCCCUUGCCGGAACCAGUUGCCAACGGCGAUCUAGGGAAGCCUGACGCACAGGAGGGUGACAAACGCCACUCGGCAUCCGGCUCCCUCCUGGACCUCGACAUCCCACUGGCGGUGGCCAAGGAGCGGGCGCACCAGAAGCGUACCAGCAAGCGGGCACCCCAGAUGGACUGGAGCAAGAAAAAUGAACUG